UUUAGCUCUCUCUUUGUAAACAGUCAGCGACUAUCAACUCUUCAUGGCACAUCCCAUACCAUUUAUUCUGAUUCUAAUUCUAAAGGGUGUUUUCACAGCGCCACUUUCUGCUCCGCAAGAAAUAUGUGUGGUUGAGGGUGGUAGUGCUGUUAUCUCAUGCCAUUACCAUACAUUCUACCUUGCCUAUGUGAAGUACUGGUGCAAGGGCUACUACUGGAAUCACUGCACUGUCUUGGUCAAAACAAAUGAGGCUAAGAACAAGAAGGAGAAAAUACAGAUAUCAGAUGACCAACACAGCAGGACAUUCAACAUCACUAUGAAGAAUGUCAAAAUGGAAGACGGUGGAUGGUACUGGUGUGCAAUUGAAAGGGUCAGCAAGCAUGUCAAAGUUGGUGUGCUGGUAACAAUAAUUGCAGGUACACCAUAUCAGUCUCCAAAGACUUCAAAAACAACCCCAAUACCUCCACAAGUCAAGGUAACCACAAGUUCUGUGCUGUCAACGACAUUAUGUUUACCAUCUACGACGAAUGAACAAACACAAACACUAAGCAGUCCGAUAAAUUUGUCAAGAACAACAGAAAGUACAACCUACAAACCUCCAGAUUUGGUUUGGGGUGUGUGGAGCAUCGGACGCUGGAUUCUCUUCUUUGGCCUCACUCUCUACCUGUUUGGUUUUAUGGCAUACCAUCACUUCAGAAAGAAAAGAAGGAAAAUGCCAAGUUCACAUAUGACGCCUGAUAUGUCGAGUGAUGGCUUUUCUUCUGGGUUGGUCACAUCUCACCAUCAGCCCAGUGUGGCACACAGCUUAGCAGAGAACUCACUGUACUGCCGCUACAGAGACAGGAGGAGGUCUUUAGAGUAAAACCUCUGAGGGUCACACCUUCAUGUAUGGAACCUUUUGUGGUACUGAACCCCACCACCCAUCCUUAUUACAGACGAUGAUAUAUUACAUUCGACUUUCCAUUUCAGAACAACUAUAAGGGCUCUACGACUUUAAUCCAAGCCUUUACUCUGAACUUUUUGUUACCUUUACUCUGAACUUUUUGUUAUCUUUACAUUGAACUUUUUGGUAUCUGUG